CUCCCCUCAAACAUGGCUCUGAGCAGAGGGACGUUCUAUUUUGGUCUGGCUUUGUUCUUCAUUGUAGUUGAACUGCCAUCAGGGUCCUGGGCAGGACUUGAGUAUUCCCAGUCAUUUCCAGGAGGGGAGUUUGCUGUGUGCGAGACAUGCAGGCUGGGCCGGGGGAAAUGCAGGAGGACGUGCCUGGACAGUGAGAAGAUCGCCGGCAAGUGCAAGCUGAACUUCUUCUGCUGUCGGGAGAGGAUCUGA